AUGGCCUCCUCGCACAUCCAUUCGGCAAACACGUCGGGCGGCCUCAUACAACCCUACAACCCCCAGGAAUGGGUAUCACCGCCGCCUGCAUCGACUCCGCCGCCAAACUCGGAACGGUCGCGGCAGCUCGAACACGACUCUCAAGCUUCGGCCCCUCCCCCUCCUCCGUACAGCCCGCCGAGGACGCGCCGGCAGCGGCCGGUCGCUCAUGGGUUUCCGGCCCCUCCUGACACGGCCAUGAGAGGAUGCUCUCGCGAGCGCCGGUUCGGCCUGCCUCUGUUGGGCAGGCGGAGGGACCAUGAUGAUCAGCUCGCAAGCUCGCCAGACCCGCUGCCGCCCGUGCUGCCGCUAGGGAGGACCCUGGGCACCUCGACGGUACCCCCGGACCCGGAGCGAAUGGCCUCGCCCCCCAUCGCCGUACAGGCCGGGCCGCCAGCAGCGCGCCGCGCCGCUUCCACCGGCGCACUUGACACUCCGCCGUCGGCCCGUUCCCGGUCCACUUCCCGGCCGGGAUGGGAGCACACGAUGCCGCUGCCGCCGCCGCCACCCGGUCCGCCGCCGCCGAGAUCGCAGAGCGUCCAGAGCGCAAAUAGAAACUCUAUCCCCAUCAUUUCGCCUCCAACGCGCCGUCAACCACCCAGCGGGGUCUCGUCUUUGGGACCGGUCCCCCCAACGCCGGCCGAUUGGGUCAACGAGGACGUGGAGCCCUGUCUGCUGGAAAGGGUCCGGGGGCGGGAACUCACUAUUGACCCGCAGGCCGCCGCCAGCUACAAAGACGCCGCCGAGCCGCUGGCAUCAUCGCCAAGUGCAUGUGGGGUGUUGAACCGAGCCGGAGCGAUUUCGGAUAUUGUGGUAACCACGGACCCAAUUGUCUGCGGCCCCGCCACCACGAGAUCAAACCCUCGCAGCAGCGGUGGCAAGGCUCAGGAACCUCGCACCUUGACCCCUCGUGCUCCGGGUUCCGCUCGGCUACCUCGACUCGACACGGCAACUCCACCAUUCUCCCCUUAUCCAGCCAAAGCAAGUCAGCCAUCGGAUGGCUCCGGCUCUGUUGCACCCAGAGCGCUGCCUACGCCUCCGCCUCAGACACGAUCUGCGUCAAGCUCCAGACCGCGUGAUGGCGUUCGUCUGUCGUCCAACAAAUCGCCUGCGUCCCGGCACCUAGUCCUGGCCCAGAGCUCCGAUCAGUUUGCCGCCGCAGCCGUUGAGCGGUUCCGUGCUUUUGCCGAGAGAGAGGCGGCUGCCUCCAUGGAUGCCGAGCGAGUCCGCCUAUUUGCAGACUUUAUUGUUAGCGAGUCGAGGAUUCGGCGAGAGAGAUAUUCCACUGCCAUCGGAGCAAUGGGCUCGGAGAUCUUCGACUUGACGCGGGACUUGUUCCGGCCGAUGUUGAUCGCCCCGACGGGCCACGCGCGCGGAACCUCGCGGGGUGAAUGGACCCCCGCCUCUUCAGCAGGUCCAAAUCCUUCGCCAGGGGACGAUCUUGCGGGUAGUUUGGAGUUUGACGCCGAUGGACUAUCCAACUCAGCCCCGGCGUCGGCCAACCUACCGGUCACGCCAAGUGACGACUGGGCGCCAAAUAACGCCAACAGGGCGACAAACUACAUGCCAUCGCUCUCGCCUAUUCUCAGCAUGAGCGUUAGCGAGAAUUACGAGAGGGGCAGCUCUCGCGGCCGGCCCCCCAGCCGUUGGUGGGAAUCGGGCUCCCAAGACGAUCAGAGUCGGGUGAUUGAAAGAUCCAAGCGCGAGUCAAAGUAUAUGGGAGUUCCCAAGAACCAGUGGGUGGAAGAAGAGCAGGACUCGAUGGCGCAGGGGGAACAGGGGGGACAAGGGGGACAGAGUGAGUGCUGCCAACUGCCGAGCGAGUAUCCGCCCGAGAAGGCAGAUUGGCACGCUCGCCAAGACCAGUCCUGGGCGCCAGAGCCAUUGAGGCGGAAGCCCCAGUCACUGGACGUGUCCCGGCUGGUGACGUUGCCUCCGCCGUACCCGCGCCACCACCCUGCGGUGAACAACAAUCAUCCCGAGUUGGCUGCUAUGCGAAGCUCUGUGCGCUCGAUGAGCGACCUGGCUGAAAUUGACAAGGCUAAGGAGCGAUUCGCCGUGGCCAGCUCUAAGCGUCGCGAAGGCUUCUCGCAGGCUGCGUCAGAGAGACAGCAGUCCCUCCGGGCCAAUCUCCAAAAGGAAAUCCUUGCAGGAAAUCUGGACUACGCGGACGCGGCCGCGAUCGAGGCGGAUUCGCAAGAGCAGGAGAGGGGCAAGAAAAAGGAGCUGGAUAAGACGGAAUACGAACACUUCCAGAACGAAGUCGUGUUGCCUCUGAACGACUUGCUGACCGGACGCAUCUCCCGCACCACGGAAUUGUUCGAUGAUCUGGCACGGCACCUAUUCGACAAUGGACAAAUGGACGCCGACAUGCCCCAGGAGGAAGGGGACGAUAGGCCAGAGCUCCUGGAGAAGCUGACGCUGCUCAAGUGGAUAUUCGAGACGCGUGAGACUCUCCACCGGGCCAUAUAUGACAUCAUCUCGGACCGCAACCGGCGCUAUCGCGAGGUUGUCGUGGCUCCGUACAAGCUUUCGGGCAACGCUGAGAAGCUCAAGUUGGCCGAAGCAUUCUUUGCCGAGGACGCGGCCAAGCGAGCUCACGCCUAUGCCAACGAAAUGCUGGAUCGCGCGCGAGAUUUGCAGACGGCGGUGGAAGAAGCCGUCGAACGUGGCGUGGCCCUGCAGCUAUCUGCGUUCUGGGACAUUGCCCCGCCGCUUCGACAGCUUCUGGACGGCAUCCCUGAUAACCUAGGGGUGUUUAGCGUCCAGAUCCCCCCAUCCGAACUGGCAGAAAACCCUUCAUACCACGACCACCCCUUGCAGUACCUAUACAGCUUGCUGCAGCACGCGGAAAAGAGCACAUAUCAGUUCAUCGAGUCGCAUACCAACCUGCUGUGCCUGCUUCAUGAAGUCAAGGAGGCUGUGGUGAACGCGCACGGCAGGGUGCUAGCCACACGGGUGGAGGCGGCUGAUGGAACCGCCCUGGAUGCCGAGGAUGGCGGAAAACAGGCCAGUGCAAUGCGGCACAGCGAGAACAGGCGCCUGACAGACGACCUCAAGGAAAAAGUACGCGUGGUGCAGGAACAGUGGAACAGUGCGCUAGGCGAGGGCAUCAAGAACGUCAAGGAGCGGAUCGGCGCGUGUCUGCUGCAGAGUGGCGGUUGGGACGAGACGCUCGAGGAGUCGGCAGGGUUCGGGGCAAUGUAG